AUGGAGAACUACGAACGGCUGGGUCAUAUGAGUAAGAUCGAGUUAGACGGAAAUGAGGACCCAGAGUCUGCAUUUUACUUGCCGCACCACGGCGUGUUGAAGCCUACGAAUACGACAACCAAGUUAAGAGUUGUUUUUGAUGGUUCUGCCAAAAGUUCUACUGGUGUAUCCAUCAAUGAUGUUCUCGAAAUUGGACCGGUCGUUCAGCGUGAUUUAGCUUCUAUUUUGACGAACUUCCGAGGAUUCCGUUAUGUCUUUACAGUUGACAUCCCGAUGAUGUUUCGACAAAUCGGUGUGUUGAGCCCCGAUAGCAGAUACCAGCGUAUACUGUUUAGAAAGGGCCAAGAUGAAUUACUGACAACGUGGAAGCUAAAAACUGUCACCUACGGCUUGGCCCCAUCCCCAUUCCAAGCUACGAUGGUGCUGAAUCAGCUUGCAGAAGACUACCAAAAUGAACUUCCAGAAGCUGCGUAA